AUGUCCCUGAAACUAUUAUGCAGUCAAUUGGCGCAGAAGCCAUUGUCUCUUGAUGUCAUGCUGAUGUUUGAGAAACCUGCAACGAUUCUUCACCCUUUGUGCGACCUUCUGGACAACUGGAAGUACGAUGAAGACCAAGGAGAGUACCAACCCGUCUACGAGGAGUUUGGCUCAAUUCUGCUUCUCGUAAUGGCUUUCGCAUAUCGUUACGGUCUUUCGGCAUCAGACCUGGGCAUCAUAUCCUCUGACUCUUUUGUGGCAAGACUACUCGGCCACGGCCACCAAAGUCGGACCCUGGAAGAGUUAUCAGACCAAGAAAAGGGCCAUUUGGAUGGAUGGAUCCACGGCCUCUUUGACUCGGAAGCGGGCGGACUAGGCGAUGAGCUCAUGUCGUCCUGCCCGCCUCAAGACUUCUACUUACUAGUAUCGACUCUGUUCCAUAACAUCGUUCUAGCGUUCAGUACAGGACACUUGACGGAAGAGAGCCUCAGAGGAGGCAUUGAAUAUCUUGUCGAUACGUUCCUUCUGCCAUCUCUCGUUAUUGCCAUCACCUCUCUUGCCAACUCCUUGUGGGUUGAGCGUCCUGACUGCCAAAAGGCGAUUGUCAGGGUACUCAACUCUGUUUUGGCACCAACAUCUAUAUCCAAUGAGGCUCAAGCCAUGCUCUCUUCCGUGAUGAACAUAGUUGCUAAGCCGCUAGAGCAUUCCCUCAGGGCAUAUCAGCGAUCAGACCCAAAGAGCCAAGAGGUUGAACCGCUUUUGAAAGCAAUCAAAGAUAGUAUCCCGCUUUCCAGGAGAACGGGUGCUGCCGACCACCAAGAACUGGAUGCUUGGUCAAUGGGAGGAUUUUCUAACUCUAUCCGACAGACGCUACAGCAAUUGGUGCAGUGGAGCAUCCAUCCAACAAUGGACAGGAUGCCUCCCGCGUACACCCAUCGACAGAUGCUGGUGGCAAUGAAACUUCUUGGUGCAAAACGCUUGCUGCAGCUCCUCUACGAAGACAUCAGACAACAAACAGAAACAGGCAGCGGGAGCAUCAUUUACGAUGUGGCAACAGCAUUGGUCUGCGCGCCCGAUGUAGUGAACACGCCGUCGAACCCGAUCAACUUUAUUGACACUUCGGGCAAUGUACCGGCUCCAGUCCAGAGGAAGCUUACUCUACGAGAGGUUCUUAAGUCAGAUGCCGAGGAGUGUAAAAAGCUGCAAAAGGUCGAUAUGAACCUGGCCGAGAUUGUUGUGAGAUUGUACCGCAAGGUAGAAACUCAGAUGGCCGUGUCCCAGGCCGAGGUUAUCCAAGCAGACACCAUGCUGCAGACCGAUCUUGGUCUGAGCCUAGACGCUGGCGCAGGUUCACUCGAUGAUGCCAUGGCUGCUGCGGCUGCCAAUGUUGCCCAAGGCGACGGAAUGUCUGUGGACAACGUCAGUCUCGACCUGGGCCUAGGAGGUGUUGGCGGUGAUCUUGGCCUCGGGGGCUCGUCGAACAACGGUGGAGGAUCACUGGAUCUCGGUGCCGAUGACCUCUUCAGUGGCCUCGGUGCUGGCGACGAUUUUCAAUGGGACAACAUGGACCUAUCUUAG